UUUUAUCACUUGUCCUUCCGAAGGAUAAAACCAGCCUCUUGUGCGGCAGGAGCUCCCGAUCUUUCACCGUGCAGAGUAAUUGCCGUGCGUGAUUAAAACAACUUCUAGGAAAUUCUUUAAGACGAGCAAGUGUACAAGAAAUAUGGCUACUGGACGCACGUCGAUGGGUCUAGGAGGUAGGAGAGACGCGAGCAGAUCAGGCAAGGACGGUAAGGACGGCUCGGGUAGUAAGUCAGGCGCUGACGUCAGGAUACUGGCGACGGAAGCCAUACCUCCCGCUAAGCGUAAGAAAUAUAAGGACAGGGUGAAAGGGUCGAACGCGGCUUUAACUGCCGGCGAUGGCUUCUCGGAGAUUCUAGCUCCCGAGUCGGCUAUGCUUACGCGGCUCCAGGCCGAAGAGAGACAGAUGGAUAUUGUCCUAUCGCGCGUUAAGCAGGAGCUCUCCGAGUCGCUCCACUCCAUGCCACGUGUCACGCGAACCCUCCGGCUUUACGUCUUUAAUACCCAUUCGUUCCAGGAUGGCGCGGAGCAGAGCGGAGGGAAAUCGGGCGUAGAUGGAUCUAUCGCAGCCGUUGAUGUUCCUCGUUGGACCUUGCGACUCGUGGCGCGAAUGGUGGGAGAAGAUGAGGAGCGAUUCGGCGCGCAGACAGGAUAUUUUCCAGGAGAAAAAACUCCUCUGAGUAGUAGGCGCGUCGAUAGUAGCGACAAGGAGCGUUCACUAGCAGUGUCCGCGAUAUUAACAGACGCAGAGGCUCGCAUAUCGGAUCCAGCCGCUGGAGAAUCAGGAUUGAGCCAGGCGCUGCUAGGUUCUGGGAUACUCAAGGUUCGUGAUGCCGCGGCUGGCCCGUUGGCUCGGCAUGUCCAGCGGAUCGAGGCUCGGCUCGACCCGAAGCUGUUCCCUCCACCCAACGACGCGGUAGUCCUGUGGGACGCAGAAACGGACGGGAUUUUCCGGCCAGGGGCCACAACGGUGGAGAUGCAACGAGCGGGAAGCGAGGAAGUUUCGGUGGAGCUUCAUGUGGAGCUGAAGCAUGGGGAGGAGGUGUACAGUGUUGGCGAGGGGUUGGGAGCGGUGGUGGGGAUGACAGUGGGGACACGGAUGCAAGUCCUGGAGGCCGUUUGGAACCACAUAAAGGCCAACAAGCUGCAGGACCCCUCAGAUCCCUCGUCCUUCCACUGUGAUCCCACCCUCCAAGCCCUCUUCAAGCAAGACAAGCUCAAGAUCUCCUCCCUCCCCAUCCACAUCUCUCCAUUCCUCUCCCCUCCUCCUCCUCUCACCAUCACCCACCGCAUCUCCCUCACAGCUCCCCCCACACACUCCUCCACACUCCCCUGUUCAGAUCCCUCCUUCCAUCCACUCGCCCCACCCACCAGCCUCCCCUCUUAUGAGACCCUACCCUCUGUUUCGGCUGACACUUGCACGGAUGUGACUGUAACAGAAGCUCCUGCUCUAGCAGCAGAGACUGCCCGUGUGAUUGCAGCAAUGGGCCAGCAGCCAGAGAUAGAUGCUAUAGACGCAGCCAUGGCUAGAGAUGCUGAGGAUCUAGCUAAGCACCGGCGGCGGCGCGCAUUUUUGCUGGCGUUUUCACACUCGCCAGGAACUUUUAUCAGGGACUUGAUGGUUUCGCAGCAGAAGGAUUUGGAUCUGAUGCAGCAGGGAGGAGCGGAAGGGGCUGCGGGCGCACAGGCGGGCUCAGCUUUUGGUCCUGACCAGGAUGCAGAGUUUUAUGCGCUACCAUGGGUGGAUGAUGCUCUCCUGAGGUACUUGAAUCGCCACUCCAUGGGCACUGAUAGCCUUGCAUUGUGAGGUUGAUGGAUCUCUCAAGGUAGCGAGUUGACUAGAAUAGCGCAUACAGGGUAGUUUUGUUCUAAGUGUGGUAAUCUCUAAGGUAUGCUCAUAGCUAGCCUAUAAACAUACAAAUAUAUAUAUGUUGACACACCCCCUAGGCUAGACAAGGGGCAGUGCCUGGCAAGAGACA